AUGUGGGACCAUAGCUCAGACGUCAAAAUCUCAGAUUCUGAGGGAGAAAGCACUCUGUCCUCUGAAGAUGAAAGAGACAUUCAGCUUGAGAUUCUGGAGAAAGAGAGGGAUGAAGCCAAUCAAAAGCUAUCCGAGAUUGAGCAAGUUUCUUUUAAGCUGCUUAAGGAACUGGAUGUGCUGGAAACACAGUUUCAGGUUGAGCGAUCCUGCAGAGAAAGUGCAGAGGCUCUGGCCGUGAAGGUCACAAAAGAAAAUAAAGUUUUGAAAAGGAGAAGCCAGGCUCUCUUGCCACUGAUCCCAGAGCUGCCAGAUGACCUGGAUUCUGGUUCUGGUUCUGGCUCUGACCCUUGCCCCGAGGAGGACACUGGGGAAGAUCUGUUGCUGCAGAGUCAAACUCAGAUCAGAGAACUACAGGUCACGGUGGACAAGCUGCUCGAAGAGAAGAUGCAGCUGAACGAACAAGUGGAACAGCUGAAGAAAGAGAAGGGGGAACUCGUAGAUCAGCUUGCUGUGGAGGUUCAGGAGAAGGAGGCUGUUCUUCGGAAGCUGACGAAACAGAACAAAACGGUGAACAAAAUGAAGAGAGUUUCUCAGCUUGUCACAGAGGAGUUUGCAGAGAUGUCACAGAGACUGGAGCUAGAGCAAGGUCUUAGACAGCAUGCAGAAGUUUUUGCCCAUGAGAUGCUAGUGAAGCAGCGGGAGACCCAGAGGCAGAGUAUGAUUCUGGUUCAGAGCGCAGAGACGGGUGCACAGCUUCAGCAGGCGCUGGAGCAGAUCAGCAAUAUCAGCAAAGUUUUGGAAGAGAUCCAACUCUGUCAUCAAAAUCAGAUCAUGCAGUCCCAGACUGUGCUGGAGGAGAGCAAUGCUCUUUCAGAACUCCAGAGCAUCAGAACACAACUGAUGGCCGGUGAGGAAGAGAAAGGAAGACUGAAAACCCUCCUCAGAGAAACGGAAAAUACUGCCGCAGCACUGCAAGAGGAAGUCAAGCAGCUCCAGGAUAGGCUGAAACAGCUGACAGAAGUUCAGCCUAGAGAAAUUGAGCAAUCAGAAGAGGGAAGUUCGGUUUGUCCUUCUCCUCAACCGCCUCCACCUGCUCCCCCACCCCCACCCCCACCCCCUCCACCCACUGCUGCUGUUGACCCACUGAAAGCCUUGAGGAACAGAAAAAAGGAUGCAACCAGCAGUACUGACUCAAACAAAGAGCCCCCCAGCGUGAAUAUGAAAGCCAGGGCGGUGGAUGAGAUGAUGGAGAGAAUCAAAAAAGGGAUUGUCCUCAAACCCGUCCAGAGACCAGCGCAGGUUGGCUCAGAUGACGAUAGUGGAUGGAAGGACCCAAGAAGCGAGAAGAGGAAAUCUGCUGUGCUUGAAUUACAAGGAAUGCUGGACUCCAUGAAGAGGCAGAGCCAUAGGAGAGCAGGAUCCCGAAAAAGGAUCAGUCGGCACGUAGGGGACGCAGAGCUGCAGCUGGUGCUGCAGAGAAGGAGGAGAGCCAUGGGGGAUGAGCAGGGGUCUCUGCCUCCUGCACCCCAAACACAGAAUCCACCAGUCACGGAUUCGGCCGCAAGCACAGUACCCUGGGCAGGAGACAGUAGCAAUUCCCCAGUGCUUCGCAGACUGAAACAGAACCGGGAGAAAAGGAAUUCCCAGAUCAGGGCCUCUGCGUGCAUUAUCCGAGAGGAAAAGAUUGAAUAG